UAAGUUUUUAUUCUCAAUGUAAUUAUACAAGUCAUGCUUCUUUUUAAAAGCUUAAUUUUAACUUAAUGCUUUUUGUAUAAUACUUCCGACAUGUCUUAAAUAUUUUAUUUUAAUUCAUCUUAAACUUCUUAUACAGACGACAUACUAGAAGUUACACUUUUAAUUGUAAGCAAAAACUAUGAAGUAUAAUUAAAAAACAUUGUUUAUUCAUGCUUUAAACAUAUAUUUGAACAAAUAUCCUAUAAAUUAUCCGGAAAAAAGUUGGUCUCCAGGAAACAUUAACCUAAUAGUUAAUCGUAUAAAUAACGUAAUGUAUAUUAUUCGCAUUUUUUAGAUUGACUUGUCUAUAUAAAUGCAGUAUGAUGUUGUCUAAGGAAACGUCGGCAUUUAUAUUAGUGUUGUUUGUGGAUAUGGUCUUUACUGAAUGUUCUGUUGGCUGUCAAUCAUCCUCCGGUUCAACUUGCACAAUUUGUGAAUCAUCUUACUAUUUAUUAAAUGGCUUUUGUUCACCAUGUCCCGAAAAUUGUGAAAGCUGUAACAGCUACGAUGACUGUACGUCAUGUAAGCCAAAUAAAUAUGGUUUUCAUGCAAGAUGUUCUUUUAAUUGUGAUGGUAACUUUCUAAAUAGUGAAUGCGAUGAUGAUACGGGAUAUUGUACUGAAUGUAAGCCUGGUAUCUAUGGAUAUCAAUGUCAAUUCAACUGUAGUUUUUGUGUCGAUGAACGUUGUGAUUUACGUACCUGUUCUAACGGUUGUAAAGCUGUACAACAAUAUGUCAAACAUGUCCUUCAAACUGUAAACAUUGUACGGAUUGGAAAACAUGUUAUACUUGCAAUGAUGGUUUUAGUCUUUAUGCGUUUAAUGACAACUUUCACUGUUUGUCAUGCUUUCAAAACCCGCAAUGUCCGAACUGUGUUAUUCAAGGUUGUAACAAGUGUCAAAUACACAAUGAUUCGUUACUACGAUGACUGUACUUUAUGUAAGCCAAAUAAUUAUGGCUUACAUGCAAGAUGUGCUUUCAACUGUGAUGGUAAUUGUCUAAACAGUGAAUGCCAAGAUGAUACGGGAUUGUGUACGCAAUGUAAGCCUGGUUUCUAUGGAGUUCAAUGUCAACAUAAUUGUAGUUUAUGUGAUAAUGAACGUUGUGAUUUACGUUUCUGCUCUAGUGGUUGUAGAGCUGGUUAUUAUGAUUUAGCCUGCAACCCGGCAUGCAUAGUAAAAAGUGGUAAACGUACAUGUGAACAUACUGACGGAUAUUGUUUAAACGGAUGUAACCAAACAUUUUGGGGCGAUACUUGUGAGCAACAUUGUCCUGGUGGAUGUAAAGAUCUUAAAUGUGAUAGAAACAACGGUGCAUGUACGAAUGGAUGUAAGGAUGGACUGACCGGAGAUAAAUGUACUCAAACUAUCGCAAUCGAAACAUCAGUGACAACAACAACAACAACAUCAGCCGAAUCUGUAACACAACAACAAUCAUGUGCACGGUGUGAAGAUAAAGUUAAUAAUUUUGCCAUUAUAUAUUUCUCUGGAUUCGGAUCUUGUGUUGCCAUAGAAGUAUUUGCUGUAUUGUUUUACCUUAUAAGACGAAGAUAUGUGGGAGGUAAAACGCCCAAAGACAACAAACCUAACGUUGAGAUUCCAACAUAUUAUAACACUAGAACUGAUUUCGAAGCUGUAAAUGCUGAGUCAACUGAUGCGACUAAAAAUUACGAGAGUUUGAGUAAUGACAGGACCACGGAUAAUGUAUACAAUGAUCUAGGAACAGCAUUGUCAUCGACUUUAGCCUGCAACCCGGCAUGCAUAGUAACAAGUGGUAAACAUACAUGUGAACAUGCAGGCGGAUAUUGUUUAAACGGAUGUAACCAAACAUUUUGGGGCGAUACCUGUGAUAAAUCUUGUCCUGGUGGAUGUAAAGAUCUGAGAUGUGAUAGAAACACCGGUACAUGUACGGAUGGAUGUAAGGAUGGACUGACUGGAGAUAACUGUACUCAAACUACCACAAUCGAAACAUCAGAAACAACAACACAAUCAGCCGAACCUGUAACCCAACAACAAACAUGUGCACGGUGUGACAAUAAAGAUAGUAAUUUUACCAUUGGUUAUUUCUCUGGAUUCGGCUCUUGUGCUGCCAUAGUAGUAUUUGCUGUGUUGUUUAACCACAUUAGACGAAGGUAUCUUGCAAGUAAAACGCCCCAAGACAACAAACAUAACGUUGAGAUUCCAACAUAUUAUAACACUAGAACUGAUUUCGGCGCUGUAAAUGCUGAGUCAGCUGAUGUAACAAAUAAUUACGAGAGUUUGAGUAAUAACAGGACCACGGAUAAUUUAUACAAUGAUCUAGGAACAACAUUGUCAUAG